CGCACCCCGCCCGGUCCACGUUAUAUGCACCCUCCUUCGCGCUUCUGUUUUUAUUAGCUGUAGAGGUGUGCUCCGCCGCCGAAUCCGAGGUCGAGCUCGAGCCUCGUGCUUUCCUCCUCUCCCCGCCCCCCCCGCGUCCAUGGCGGCCUCCGCCCUCACCUGCAACGUCGACCUCCAUUCCCUCGUCUCCUUCCGCCGCCGCCGCAUGCUUCCCCCUCAGUCCCUCAUCUCCAGAUCCCCCGCCUCCUCCUCCGGUAAGAACGCUUCCUUCCCCUGCCUCCGAUCUGCUCCCACCCAAAGCUUUCCCGCCGGAUUGACCUCCGUCGAUGACCGCCGUCCUCUGAUCAACGUCGUCCGCGCUUCUGCCGCCGCCUCUGCCGCACCCGCCACUGCACCCGCCCCCGCCCCAUGGCAGGGCGCAGCCUUGAAGCCCCUAGCCGCCUCGAUUGCUACUGGCGUCCUCCUCUGGUUCGUUCCGGCCCCCUCCGGCGUCUCUCGCAACGCGUGGCAGCUCCUCGCCAUCUUCCUGGCCACCAUCAUUGGCAUCAUCACGCAGCCGCUCCCCCUGGGCGCCGUCGCCCUGAUGGGCCUCGGCGCGUCCGUCCUCACCAAGACGCUGCCCUUCGCCGCUGCCUUCUCCGCGUUCGGGGACCCCAUCCCCUGGCUCAUCGCCCUCGCCUUCUUCUUUGCCCGGGGCUUCAUCAAGACCGGCCUCGGCAACCGAAUCGCUUACCAGUUCGUCUCCCUUUUCGGGAGCUCCUCCCUCGGCCUCGGCUACAGCCUCGUCUUCAGUGAGGCCCUCCUCGCCCCGGCCAUACCCUCGGUCUCGGCCAGGGCUGGGGGGAUCUUCCUCCCCCUGGUGAAGGCCCUCUGCGUCGCUUGCGGAAGCAACGUGGGGGAUGGGACCGAAAACCGGCUGGGCUCGUGGCUCAUGCUCACUUGCUUCCAAACCUCGGUGAUCUCGUCGUCCAUGUUCCUCACCGCCAUGGCCGCAAAUCCCCUGAGCGCCAACCUUACUCAAAAUGCCAUCAAGCAGACGAUCGGAUGGACCGACUGGGCGGUGGCGGCAAUAGUGCCUGGCCUGGUCUCGCUGGUCGUUGUGCCAUUGCUGCUCUACCUGAUAUAUCCACCAACCGUGAAGAGCAGCCCCGACGCUCCGAAGCUUGCUAGGGAGAAGCUGGAGAAGAUGGGGCCGAUGACAAAGAACGAGAUUAUCAUGGCAGGGACACUGCUUCUGACGGUGGGACUUUGGAUAUUUGGAGGUGUACUAAAUGUGGAUGCUGUAACUGCUGCAAUCCUCGGAUUAUCUAUUCUUCUCAUAACAGGUGUUGUGACAUGGAAGGAGUGUUUGGCAGAGUCAGUAGCAUGGGACACCCUUACUUGGUUUGCCGCACUUAUAGCAAUGGCUGGGUAUCUCAACAAAUAUGGUUUAAUCUCCUGGUUUAGUCAAACAGUAGUCAAGUUUGUAGGUGGGUUGGGUCUUUCAUGGCAGCUCUCUUUUGGCAUUUUGGUUCUGCUCUACUUCUAUUCCCACUAUUUCUUCGCAAGUGGGGCUGCACACAUUGGAGCUAUGUUCACAGCCUUCUUGUCGGUAGCAAGUGCAUUAGGCACCCCUCCUCUCUUUGCAGCUAUGGUUCUCUCCUUCCUGUCCAAUCUAAUGGGUGGACUCACCCACUAUGGUAUCGGGUCUGCACCGGUUUUCUACGGUGCAAACUACGUCCCGCUUGCUAAGUGGUGGAGCUAUGGAUUUGUCAUUUCUGUCGUCAAUAUUAUUAUCUGGCUUGGUCUUGGGGGCUUCUGGUGGAAAACCAUUGGCUUGUGGUGAAGAAGGCUUCUGAAAAUUCAGCUUUAUUUUUUCUUACAAGCACACAUGUCUUCCCCAAGUUUUGUUCUUGGGAUCCUCACAAUCCUUCUAUUUAUUUUUCGGGACCAAAAGGAGUAUUUUGGAGAAAUAGAUGAUUGUAGCAUAGCAUCCAAGGUGUUGGACUCUGCGAUUUUUCUUUUAUUCGGGUAGCAAAAUUUUGUAUUUUGUUUGGCCAAAUAAGUCUCUUAAGUUCUACCUGUUGUUGGAAAACACUGAAAGAAAGUAAAUUCAAUGUAUGUUGAUUGUCAUUUCUAUGCCUA